AGCAGGAAUAAACUUGAUUUCAUAUUCUUGAGCUCUCAUACAUUCUGAUGAUGAUGGCAGAGUGUGAUCUGAAAGGAUGAUGAUGAUAAAAACUGGCUAACACAAUCGAAUCCAGAAACACUAAAUAAUUUACUAUGAAUUAUGAAAAUUUGAUAUAAAAAACAGAUGCCUGUAAUCAUUUGGAAAUUGGGAUCAUUGCACAUGUCAGGUGAAGAAUGCUUUAUCUUGGAUAAGCGAUGUGACAGCUUAAGGGACCCACGCUUCCGCCAUUAUUGUUGUUUUUCUCCGUAAACAAAUCAUUUUUUAAGACAUCUGUUCAGUGAUCAAAAUUACACGAGAUCGACGGUGUCGGAUGGCUCCGUAUGGCCGGGAGUAAUCUAGCAGUCGAUGGAGCGUAAGGAUGACAAGCAACAGGCGGAAGCUCAUUAUAUGCGCAGUGCAGAAGAUAUUGAGGCGUUGAAGAGCUGCUGCAGAGGGCUCUCAAGCUGGUUGACCUGUAAAGAUGGUGUCCAUUAUGAAGGGCACUUUGGUACCAUCAAAUAUCUUGUGUGGCACUCUAAAAGAUGCAGAUCAUGUUGUUGAAUCUGUGGCUUUCAGCAGAGAUCAGGCUAAGGCCAGUGUAGGAUUGAGAAAAUCAAGCUUACGGAGAUCAUUAGAGCUAUUGCAAGCACAAUCUAUAGAUUUAAGGAGAAGAGUCUCUGGAUUGACUGUAAAGCAUGGUCUUUGUCGCUGCCAGGCUGUUGCGACCCCAAUUACAAAAACACAACAGAGGGUAUUCACAUUUGGGAAAGCUCGGAGUGAGGGAAACAAGAGUAUGAAAUCUUUGUUGGGUGGAAAAGGCGCAAAUCUGGCAGAAAUGGCCAGCAUUGGUCUUUCUGUUCCUCCAGGACUCACAAUCUCAACUGAGGCAUGUCGGGAAUAUUUAGAGAGUGCAAAUAAGCUUCCAGAUGGUCUGUGGGAAGAGGCAUUAGAGGGUCUGAAGACCGUAGAAAAGGAUAUGAAUGCUAGUCUUGGUGAUCCUUUGAGACCUUUACUGCUCUCUGUUCGGUCUGGAGCCGCGAUUUCUAUGCCUGGUAUGAUGGAUACUGUGCUGAACUUAGGUCUUAAUGAUGAGGUUGUUAUAGGAUUGGCUGCCAAAAGUGGUGAGCGCUUUGCAUAUGAUUCAUACAGGCGUUUUCUAGACAUGUUUGGCAAUGUGGUUAUGGACAUUCCCCAUUCCUUGUUCGAGGAAGAACUUCAAAGUCUAAAGACUGCAAAAGGAGUUCUACUUGAUACAGACUUAACUGCUUAUGAUUUGAAAGACCUUGUUGUGAAGUAUAAGGAUAUUUACAUACAAGCUACCGGUAAACAAUUUCCCUCAGAUCCUAAAGAGCAGCUGCGAUUGGCAGUUCUGGCAGUUUUCAACUCAUGGAAUAGCCCACGUGCUAUUAAGUACAGAAACAUAAAUCAAAUAACAGGUUUGAAGGGAACUGCCGUUAAUGUACAAUCCAUGGUAUUUGGAAAUAUGGGUCCAACAUCAGGAACUGGAGUUUUAUUCACUAGGAAUCCCAGCACAGGGGAGAAGACGCUUUAUGGGGAAUUUCUCAUCAAUGCUCAGGGAGAGGAUGUGGUUGCUGGCAUUCGGACACCAGAAGACUUGGACACAAUGAGACGAUACAUGCCCAAAGCUUACGAUGAGCUUGUGGAGAACUGUGAGAUUCUUGAAAAACAUUACAAGGAUAUGAUGGAUAUAGAGUUUACAGUACAGGAAAACAGGCUGUGGAUGCUACAAUGCCGAUCUGGCAAACGCACAGGUACAGGUGCUGUCAAGAUUGCUGUUGACAUGGUCAAGGAAGGACUUGUUGAUAGCCGUUCUGCUAUCAAAAUGGUUGAGCCUAGACACUUAGACCAACUUCUACAUCCUCAGUUUGAGGAUCCAUCACGCUACAAAGAUCAAGUUAUUGCCACUGGUCUACCUGCAUCACCCGGAGCGGCAGUGGGACAAGUUGUGUUCAGUGCUGAAGAUGCAGAGACUUGGCAUGGACAAGGAAAACCAGUGAUUCUGGUGCGUAAUGAAACCAGUCCAGAGGACGUAGGUGGUAUGCAUGCUGCCACUGGCAUACUGACUUGCAGAGGAGGCAUGACUUCACAUGCUGCUGUUGUUGCACGUGGGUGGGGCAAAUCUUGUGUUUCAGGAUGCUCAGAAAUUCGUGUUAAUGAAAAUGAGAAGACAUUGUCAGUUGGAAAACAUGUAUUGAGGGAGGGUGACUGGUUAUCUAUCAACGGUACAACUGGAGAGGUCAUUCUGGGUAAGCAGCCUCUUUCCCCUCCAGCAAUCAGUGGUGAUUUAGGUGCAUUCAUGACUUGGGUGGACGAGCGAAGACAGCUGAAGGUUAUGGCUAAUGCAGACACACCAGAUGAUGCUCUCACAGCAAGAAAUAAUGGUGCACAAGGCAUUGGCCUUUGCAGGACUGAACACAUGUUCUUUGCAUCAGAUAGUAGGAUUAAGGCUGUGAGGCAGAUGAUUAUGGCUGUAACACCUGAACAGCGACAAGUUGCACUUGAUAGGCUCCUACCCUAUCAACGAUCUGAUUUUGAAGGUAUUUUUCGGGCGAUGGAUGGUCUUCCUGUCACCAUACGCCUUUUGGAUCCACCCUUGCAUGAGUUUCUUCCAGAGGGUGAUAUCAAUGAAAUAGUUUCUGAAUUAGCAGUGGAUACUGGAAUGACAGAAGAUCAGGUUUUCUCACGUGUAGAGAAGCUUUCUGAGGUCAAUCCAAUGCUUGGAUUCCGUGGAUGCAGGCUUGGAAUAUCAUAUCCAGAAUUAACAGAAAUGCAAGCACGUGCUAUUUUUGAAGCUGCCACUGCAAUGGUCAACCAGGGUGUAAAAGUGCUACCAGAAAUUAUGGUUCCUCUUAUAGGAACACCUCAGGAAUUGGGACAUCAAGUGAAUCUUAUACAUAAAGUUGCUGAGAAUAUCUUUUCACAAACUGGCCAUUGUCUGAAAUAUAAAGUUGGAACUAUGAUUGAAAUUCCACGAGCAGCUUUGGUUGCAGAUGAGAUUGCCCAGCAUGCAGAAUUUUUCUCCUUUGGGACAAAUGACUUAACUCAGAUGACUUUUGGGUACAGCAGAGAUGAUGUGAGCAAGUUCUUGCCAGUUUAUUUAUCUCACGGGAUUAUUCAGAAUGACCCCUUUGAGGUUCUUGAUCAAAGAGGUGUAGGCCAGCUGAUUAAGAUUGCAACUGAACGAGGCCGUAAAGCUAGACCUGAUUUGAAGGUGGGAAUAUGUGGAGAGCAUGGAGGGGAACCUUCAUCUGUGGCUUUCUUUGCAGAGGUUGGAUUGGACUAUGUUUCUUGUUCACCUUUCAGGGUUCCUAUUGCAAGAUUGGCUGCAGCUCAGGCAGUCUGCUAAAAUUCUGUAAACCAUUUUGAAGAGCAAGCUUAUCUUUCUAGCCUGUUGAAGCUCCAAAUUAUUUAUCACAUUGAUGUUCUCUAAUAACUAUAACUCAAUGUAAAUAUCAUUUCUUGGCAACCAAUAGACAACCGAGUUAGGUGUAUACCCUGGAAAUAAGUUGAGCUCUUUCAUCAUAGUCGACCUGUAUAAAUGUAAUAAUCUUCAGCAAUAUUGAUCAGUAGAUCAAUGAAUGCCGAUGUCACAUUGGCCAUGACCAACUCUCAAGGUGAAAAUGAUAACAAAAUUACUAGAGUUGGGGAUAUAUAGUUUAACUUUAGGGUCUAAAUUACGACAAAUUGUUAAUAUAGCAUUUUAUUCCUGUUGAAAAUGACUGACUAUGAUAUGUAAUGGAGAUACAGAAGUAUAUCCACAAUGAAAUUCUAUGUAUCCCAUACAUGUGUGGCUGAUGAACUUGAUAUCAGUCCAAAUUAUGAAUUUUAAGCUCAUUUCAAAAGGGGCACCUAUGUACUCGAGGUAUAGGUGGAUGGGCAGAGUUUAGUUUGCAUUCAAGCUUAUUAAUGAGGAUUGAUAUUUGAAUAAUAUAAAGGCUAAAUGUAAUCCUUUUGAACUCAUUCAUGAGAGCUACAAAAUUUGAACAAUACAUAAUACAAAUAUAAGAAAUCCCCUUGUGCACUUCCA